AUAGAUGUAUACCAGUGGUUUAAGGUUUUCAACCGGUGUGUCGCGGCACACUGGUUUGCCGCGAUAAAUCUAUUGAUAUAGUUAAUUUUGUAUAUAUAUAUAUAUAAAAAUAUAUGCUUUACAUAUUAUAUGAAUUGGUGUGCCGCAAAAAUUUUGUAGAAGAAGUGUGCUACAUUGUUAAAAAGAUUGAAAACCGCUAAUGACGUACUGAUCGUGUUGGACGUAUUGUGAUCUGUCUGUCAAGUAUAUUGCAUGAUUUGCAUGGUGCGUCUGGAUAAGUUUGGUAUGUUGGGGCCCAGAUUUGAGAUCUAUUAUAAACAGCUGUACAAUGACUAUUUCUAAUGUAGAAAUGCGCAAUCAUGUAAUUCGUCAUUUGGAGAAAUCUCAUAUUAAAAUAUCAUCUGAGAACGAAUGGUUUAAACAAUGUGUGGAUUUCUUCAUAUCUGAUAAUCCAAAUUGUGAUGUAAAAGAUUUAUCUUCCAUGGUGGUUGAACAAUUAAGUUUAUCUGAUUUUCAAGAAAUUGCAUUGUUUAGCUUACCGGCCAAUUUAAAUAAUUGUGAUAAAAGAAUGUUAAAUGGAAAGUACUGUCUUCAGGUGAAUACUAUACUUGAUGUUGGCCAAUCGUGUUAUUCACAAUACAAUAUAAUAGUAAAAAGAGACACUAGUAAUACUGAAAUUGGUGAUAAUAAACCUGCUCCUUGGGAACCUAAACCACAUAGAAUGCUAAAAAUGAUGUGUUCUGAUGGUCGACAGGAUAUAGUGGCUAUGGAAUAUGAGCCAUUGCAUUGUCUUAAAGAGCCAUUUAUUCCUGGUUUCAAAAUAGUAGUUAUCGGACCAGUUGAAUAUAGGAAAGGAGUAUUACUAUUAAAAUCUAGUAAUGUACAUUUCAUUGGAGGUGAAGUAGAACAUUUAUUAAUAAAAAAUGCUCCUUUUAAUGUUUUGUGCAGAGCUCUAAAUAAACCCGAAUUAGAAAAUCCUUAUAUUUUUUCAAAUAUUGAAGUUGAAAAUGCUAUUAUGGAAGUACAGGAACCACAUGAUAUUCCACCAAGACAGAUAGAAAAUGUUUCUACGGUUAAUAUAAGUGAAGUUCCCCAAACUAAUACAAAUCAAAGUUAUAAUAACAAUCGUGUUGGAAAUGGAAUUAUUACAUAUGAUGAUUUUUUUGAUGGUGAUGAUGAUGAUUUAUUAUAUCUAACUCAAAUGGCUGAAAUUGAAACUAGACUCACUCAAUCUAAUAAUAUUGUAAAUUCUGUACCAUUGCAAACGUUUGAUGCACAUCAACAUGAUACAAAUGUCAAUAAAACAAAAGUAUCAGCUCCUAAAAAUAACAACUUAAUAACAAAUAAAAAACCAGUAGUCACUGCAAAACAGACUAAAAUAUCUGAUAUGUUAGGUCCAAGUACCGCAUCAACAUCUAGUAGAAAUUCAUUUGCUGAAUCGACUAGGCAUCAAAAUGACAAUACAAUAGACAACAAUAGUAUGUCUGUUAAACAUAUAUCAGGAAAACGUAUUGCUAGUUCACCAAUAUAUACAGAGACUAAAAGGCCAUCAAUUGAAUUGCACACUCCAGAGGAUGAUUGGGGUGAUAUUGAUAUGGAUAUUGAUGUUUCAAACCCAUUGAUUAAGAUUUUAAAUUCUGCUUCUAUUGUUAAAAAUUCAAAAAUACAAGUGAAACAAAAUGAAUGGAUAUGUUCUGGUAUUGUGAUGGAUGAAUCGAAACAUGAAGAAGUCGAGUUCUCGUCAGAUGUACUGGAAAGAUUAAUUGGAAUUUCACCAGAAGAAGUUCUUCAGUUAAAAAACGAUAAUUUAAAAUGUGCCUCACUAAAAGAAAAAAUUGAAAAAGGAAUCAAAGGGGCAUAUAGAAAAUUGCAUUUAUUCAAAGGUAAGAUAACUUUGACAUAUUCAUUAGAUGGAAAAAAAAAACCAAUAAUUACAGAUAUGGUAAUAGUAUAACUGUUUAUACAUUAUACUGUAUAAGUUUGUUCAGUAUAUAUUAAUGAUAGGUGUUAUUUAAUAUUUACAGCAUGUUUU